AUGACAAGCGGUGCAGCCAAGGGCACCAAAAAAAGUGCUGCCCAAAACAACCAAAACAUCAACAACGCCUCGUCCGAAUCCACUUCUGACUCCUCUCCCACAACGAACACCAGCCCCGAGUUACGCUGCUACCAAUUACAGCAGGAAGUAUCAUCACUCAAACUCUCCAACGCGGAACUCGAAUACUCCCUAGCAACCACCAAAUCCGUUCUCAUCAAACAUAAAGACGAGAACAGAAAGUUAUCGAUCGAAAACACCAUCCUUGAAGUAGAUUUUGACCAACAGUCAAGACGGUUAUCAGUCGAAAUGGCAAAAGUUGAGGAAUCAAAGAAGAGGGAAACUCGGUUGAGGAAUAAAGUUACCGAAUUGGAAUCUCAGGAAAAGUUCAAAUCAUCGGAUCUGGCAACUAUGGAGAAACAGUUGGAAGAGAAAGAUGCAAGAAUCACAAGCUUGGAAGAAAAAUUGGAACAAUUACAGUUGAAACUAGACGCUACAUCCGAGGAAGCCGAGGAAGCUAAGAAUGAGGCUAAGGGGCUGAAGAAGGAUCUUACAUCUGCCCAGAAGGAGGCUACAACCGAAGGAAAGGCCAUUGAAAGGCUGAAAGAAGAAGUGAAUGACCUACAGCAGAAACUCGAGGAGAGGUCUACCGAAGUCAAGUCGCUCAAGAAAGAUCUGACAACUGCAAAGAAAGAGUCUACAACCGGGUCCAAAGCCGGAGAAUCUUUGAAAAAGGACAUUGAAAAGCUACAGAAGGCACUUGAUGCCAAAGCUUCCGAAGUUGAUGAGAUGAAGGUCCAAAUGGAAACAGUGUCGGAAGAAUUGAAAUCCACAAAGUCCGAGCUCAAUUCGAAGAAAAAGAAGGCAGAUGAUGAAAGUUCUUCCAAGAUAUCCGAGCUCGAGAAGUCCAUCAAGGAACUCAAAGCCCAGUUGAAAGAGGCAAACAAGACGAAUAAGUCCCUCAACACUGAACUUGAAUCAUCCAACGAUGAUGCAGAUGCAAUUGCCGCCCUAACAAAGGAGAAACUCUCUCUUUCUCGCCAGGUUACCACUCUCGAAGCAGAGAACGAUGCUUUCAAGGCUACUACUGAGAAUCACCGACAGAUCCUCUCUGAGAAAUUACAACUUGCCCAUCAAGUCGAGCAACUGCAGAUUGAACUUGAGAACGAAAAGAAGGCUGCCAAGCGCGCCACAAAAUCCAAGUCGGACGCUGACGACUUCAAGAAGCAGCUGGCGGACUUGAAAGAACAACUGAACAAACAGACGAAGAUUGCAGAGCGAGCAAACAAGGACAGAGAAAAGGACCGUGAAGCAUGGGAGACCCAAAGGGGUGUUUUAGAAAAGAAGCUUGAAACUUGGAAGAACAAAGCGAAGGCGAAUGCUGCUGCCACUGCUGCCGCACCGAAGGCAAAGAAGAGAGGAGCAACGACUUUUGAUGACGAUGCUGAUUCUCCGCCGGCUAAGAAGGCGAAGAAAUCCACCGUCGCAAAGUCUACUUUCUCAACUACACCCUUCCUUACAAGGCACAUUAGCGUUGCACCAUCAGAGGCAGCUACCCCAUCCAAGACUGAUCCUAGUGUAGCGGAUAUAACCUUCGACUCGCCCGCCCCAGUUCUCUCAGAGCAAACCACCGAAGUCACGGAAACAGAAGCAGAGACAGAAGUUGAAGCAAGUAACAUCUUGCCAAAGUCCGAUGAGCCCACUGAACCCCAAAAUCUGAUGCCACCCCCACCAAAACCUGCUCCGAAAGCCGCCCCCAAGCCCGCAAAAGCCAAACCAGGUCCUAAGCCCAAGAUCUUCCUCUCCACCAACGCCCUCAGGAGCUCCAAGCGUACUUCUUCCAUUGCCCCUGAAACCUCCCUCCUAGGAGACGAUGAAGUCGAGUACAUGCCUGAAGCAGCUAAAAAGACCAAGAAGGGUGCUGUGAACAAGGAAAACGUCGUUCCCGACACUAUCACUGAAGAACCCGAAGAUAGCUUUUCAGCUGAUACCACCACAACGGCAUCUAUAGUCUCGGCGGCUGAUAAGCCAAAGAAAAUGAAGAUGAGGAAGCUGAUGGGCAAUACGCUCGGGAAUACAUUGUUCGAUGACGAUGGAGAAGACGGCACAUUCAACAAGUUCAGAGCCCCAAGCGUUACGGGAUUUAGUAAGGACUUCAGCCCGUUGAAACAGCGAGGGGCUGGCUAUCAAGGCAUUAAGAAUAAGCUAGGAAUCAAGAAGAAGAGCUUGUUGAGUAUGUAA